ACGGAUCCUUGGCCCAGUGCCUUAUCCGGGAAAAGCAUAGCGCCCUUUCAGCCUAUCAGAGCUGGUGCCUCUCGCAAGGAGACGCUCCACCCGGAGGGAAAGAACGAAGGGAGCGAAAAGACAGGCAUUAGUACCAAUCAGAAGCUGAAAUUUCUGAGGGAGUGGGCGGGAACUGCUUCUCAUUUAGGCCAAUAACCAGCACACGUGCCCGUCUAGGUGACUGAGCGGCAUCCUCUUUGGUCCAAUAGACAAAUGGGGCGGUGCCCAGCAACCAAUGGCUUGGGUUCGGGGGCGGGGUGAGAAGCCAGUGUGCAGUAAGAGGUAACCUGACUAGUGGUAGAGGCGCUCUCCCGGUUCUGUGGCUCGCGCUUUGGUACUAGGGACCGAGAUUGUUCUAGCGACGGCGACCUCUGCGGCGACGGCUGAGAUUCUCGAAAGAGUAGCGGAGGACGGUCCGGAGGAGGGGCUUCUAGUUAACGCAGGUUCUGUCAUAAUGAAUGGAUCCAGUGUGGCGAAUACAUCACCCAGUAUAAAAUCCAAAGAGGACCAGGUGUUAAAUGGACAUGAUGAGAAGGAAAACCCAUUUGCAGAGUACAUGUGGAUGGAGAAUGAAGAGGAUUUCAACAGACAGGUGGAGGAGGAGUUGCAGGAGCAAGAAUUCCUGGACCGCUGCUUUCAGGAGAUGUUGGACGAGGAAGACCAAGACUGGUUUAUUCCAUCUCGAGACCUGCCUCAGGCCAUGGGACAGUUGCAACAACAGUUGAAUGGACUGUCGGUCAGUGAUGGUCAUGAUUCUGAAGAUAUUUUGAGCAAAAGUAACCUGAACCCGGAUGCCAAGGAAUUUAUACCAGGAGUGAAGUACUGAGCUGACAGGAAGCUCUGAGGACUCAUCUGUCCCCACCUCCGGGGACAGUGCUGCACAGGAAGGCGGAGCUGAAGGGGGGGGAUGGGCAGGGGGUGCACAUGGGGAAGGGAGCAGUGGUUUAACUUGACACUGUGACUAGAGUAACUGAUGUGCUCAGUCUUUCUCUACAA